GUUUGCAUAUUACAAAGCUCAGGUGAUAAGGAGGAGCGACAAAGUACGACUACAGACUAAAGUGACACUAAAGAGCAGGCAGAAGAGAGUUUCUGAUUCUGAAAGGAGAAUGUCCCACACAGUCUUACCCGUGAACUCCUCAACACUCAUCAUCCAGAUUCAACCACCGACACAAACAGCACCAGCCGGGACUGUGACCAAUGCUCCUGUGCCUAUUUAUGAACAAGUAACAGGAGUUUCUCCUCUUCGUGGACUUCAGGCAUUUCUGAAAGGCCAACCGAAAGCCCUUGGGACCGUCCAGAUAAUGAUUGGUAUAUUGACUUUCCUGCUUGGGAUCGUGUCUACAAUUCAUGCAGAAUCCAUAUCUGUCUUUAGUGGUGUUCCAUACUGGGGAUCAAUCAUCUACAUCAUUGCAGGUUCACUCAGCAUUGCUGCCGAAAACAAACUUAAUUCGCCCUCCGGUUUGCGUUUGGUGAAAGGUUUACUUGGAAUGAACAUUUUCAGUGCUUUAAGUGCAGUCACUGCCGUUAUUAUAAUUUCAAUUGAUUUGGCUCUAGGACCAAUGCACAUAAGUCACUGCAGAUAUGACUGUUAUGAUUUGGAGGAAAGGUAUAUGGCCUUCUUCUCGGGAAUCGGUAGUGUUUUGCUGAUAUUUGCCUUGCUUGAGUUUAUCAUCUCCAUCUAUUUGUCAUCAUUUGCCUGUAAAGUAACCUGCUGCUGUUCUCCACAGGAGUUGAAUGUUCCAGAAGUUCUACCUCGAAUGCCU